AUUGUUUGCCGGUGCAGGCCUAGCAGUUGAAGGGGAUCACCACCAGUUGAUGAUAUUCAUAUGUCCACUCAGUUGAUGACAUUCAUGUGUCCUGAGACACCAAGCUGUAAUGUAUUCACACUUGUGGCUGUUAUUGUUGGUGAUCGGUCAAAGUUCGGCCGACAUUUCGGUAGGUUAACGUGUCGCGGUGUUUAACUUGUUUAACUUGAUUAAUUUGAUCAAUAAAAAUAUAUUUUUUUUAUGGAGUGCCCAGUUUCUUACUUUUUAAAAGUUGAAUAUUUAACACCAGCGCUUAACCGGGUGCAGUGUUUUUUUUUUAACACCGGGUUUCGUGUAUUUUGAGAAAAUACCCGGUAGGUCCAAGUGUUACACACAAACACACAAAAAUAAAUAAUAAAAGAAUAAAGUUCUCAUUUUUUAUAAUAUGACCAUGUAGUGAGAGUGCAUUGGAUUCGUCAACCGUUUGUGUCAAGAAAGUACCCACUGAUGAGGAACAGGCAGUUGCCGGAUCCGCGAAUAGAGAUGCCGGUGUCGGCAUGAAGCGCACUGUGUGACCACAUGUAGUCGCCUUACCCUAUAACGACAAAAUAAUUCAACCUCUCUAGAAGAGUUCAGACGUGACUCAUGAAGCUCGCUGCGUGUCACACUUUUUUUUCACUCGCAACUGUUAAUAUAAAACAUGAGUGAGUUAGGGGCGGGUUUGAAGAGGAAGCAGGACACACCAGAAGCUAAAUAUAUAUCUAAGAGAUCAUCAAUGAUAUUUUUCAUAGAUGAAAUACGCAAGGGUGCAAAAGACUAUCAUUAUUAAGCAAUGACUGCAGUACAAGAUAUGUCAAAUUUGGCAAAUAUAUAUAUCAUGGGUUAAAAUCAAUGCGUAUCAAAUUGUCUGAAAUGUAGUUGGAGACGAUUCCUUUAGUGUGAUGCUGAAAAAUGUGUUGAGACCUUUGAGCCUUUCAAUUCUCCACAUGAGGCCACGUCGUGGUUUGAUUAUGGGACACCGGGUCUCACAUGGUCUAUGGUUAACGCCAAAUCCCUGUCCUCUCCUUGGCUGUUCAUUCAGGAAAACAUAACUAAUAUGGUAUAUAAUACAAGCAAGGGGCAAAUGGGUAAAUUGACACUGUUGGCUUGCAAACUGAUUGACAAAUAUAUAAAUUUAAACGUUUUGAACUCAAGAUUUUACAAAAUCAUCAUAGUACCCUUUCCUAUACACACACACACACACACACACACACACACACACACACACACACACACACACACACACACACACACACACACACACACACACACACACACACACACACGCACACACACACACACACAUGUGUUCUUUUAAGGAACGUUCUCUCAAUUUUUCCUUUCAGUUCCACGAGCGUGAUCUCCGUGAUAGCGCCAUCGACUCAGACGAUGACCCCUUGGUGGAGUACGACCCACUCCGCACUUGCGUCAAAUUGUUGGGAGCUGAGAAGACCCGGCGGGGUGUGGGUGGGUUUAACCUCACGGUGCGGUACAUCGAGCAGGAGCAGGGAGUCCCUGUGACCUGGAGAGACGAUGAUGCCAUGCUAGAAGGUGAUUGGUGUCCAUGGUUGUCAGAAUGUGCUGGUGGAUCCUAAAUGGGUUUUCACUACGGGGAAAUAUGAGUAGUUUGGUUUGGGGGGGGGGUGUCGUGCAGUCCUGACACAGGUUGAAGCGAAUGUAUUUUAAAAACCUAACGAUUGAAUGAAUGGCCACUGAACAUAAUGUAGAAAUGUAAUUUUCGUGUCCGUCUCCGAGUGAUGUCAGCUUCGUGACGCAUCCAUUUAUUUUUCAGGAGCUUUACUCCUUCCAAACAUUCAUGUAACAAUGUGUGCCAUUGGCCAAUGAGUGUCAUUGUUCAGUGUGUGUCACUGGUCAGUGUGUGUCACUGGUCAGUGUGUGUCAUUGGUCGAUGUGUGUCACUGGUCAGCGUGUGUCAUUGUUCAGUGUGUGUCACUGGUCAGUGUGUGUCAUUGGUCGAUGUGUGUCACUGCUCAAUGUGUAUGUGCGUCAUUGGUCAAUGCGCAUCUCGACUGAGUAUAGUCUUUCAGUCUUUGUCAAGUUAAUAAUAUAAUAUCUUCGUUUGCAGCCUUCACCAACUAUCUGAAACUAGCAAACAAUAAACCCAUAACAUCUUGGGAAAUGGCAUUUCCUGGGGUGAUAACCAUCAAGGAAAUGCAGUGUCUUUAUUAUUAGUUUGCUUGUUUUAGAAUUGCGUUGAAAGUCCUGAAUGUUGUAUCUAACAUUCACCUCAUCUCCCCCCCCCCCAACCAACCCUCAACUCACCACCAGCUUGUUAUAUUAACUUGGAUUUUCCCCUGUAAUUAAAAAACAAAUUAACACAUUUGAUUCCUGGGGUGAUAACCAUCAAGGAAAUGCAGUGUCUUUAUUAUUAGUUUGCUUGUUUUAGAAUUGCGUUGAAAGUCCUGAAUGUUGUAUCUAACAUUCACCUCAUCUCCCCCCCCCCAACCAACCCUCAACUCACCACCAGCUUGUUAUAUUAACUUGGAUUUUCCCCUGUAAUUAAAAAACAAAUUAACACAUUUGAUCUAUCCUCCAGGAUCCACUAACGUCAUCUCGGGCAGGGUCCUGGAGACCAGCGUGGUCAUCUACGACCAGAUACAGACGAAUCUUACGAUGACCUUCACGUGUGGGAAAAUUGGGUGCGUAUAAAUUACGAGUGAUUUUAAGUGAUGAAACUUUUUGGUUUGCUGAACUUUACACGCACACUCAACAACCCCCCAGAUGAAACUUUUGGUUUGCUGAACCUUACACGCACAUUCAACAACCCCCCAGAUGAAACUUUUGGUUUGCUGAACCUUACACGCAAACUCAACAACCCCCCCAGAUGAAACUUUUGGUUUGCUGAACCUUACACGCACACCAACAACCCCCCCAGAUGAAACUUUUGGUUUGCUGAACCUUACACGCACAUUCAACAACCUCCCAAAAACAAAGUUUAUUUUAUAAAUAAUUUUGUUUCAAUGUAAUAUUGGGCAAUGGCUAAAAUAUUCUCAAAAUAUUGGACAAAACAUUCACACAAGCAAUGCAUUUUAUAAGAAUCCAAAUUAGUGCACCCCCCCUCCCCCCCCCUUUUAACUAAGGCUCACAACCGCUUGUUUGUUUUCUCACCCCUGAACAAUAUUAAUAUUACAAUGCCUACCCGCUAUAACACAGGAGAUUUAUUUCACCAGCUAUUUUUAGAAAAAAAAGAAACUAUUACGCACCGAGUUCAUUUUGGAAAUUUUUCUCCAAGGUCUUGUUUUAUAAACCCAUUGAAAAAAGGAAACAAAUGAUUUUUGGGGGGUUAGGGCUUAACAUUUGAAAGAAUGUCUGGUCAUGGGCAAAGAGCCUGUGUGCCACGUUUCAGCUCAAUAGGCUGACGGGAAGUGGGUCAAUUAGCCCUCCAAAGAUUUUGCCAGUCAGCCAGUCACCCAUGAACAAAAGUGAAGUCAAUAUGCAGAAUUUGAACAUAAGAACAUUUUAAAGUGAAGUUGCAGUCUCUAGGCUUACGCCAGAAUCAGAUUCUAUAAAAAAAAUUAGUCAGGAGAUGAUGACUGUCGGACUGAUCGGAAUCCUGAGAGGUCUUCAGUGCUUGAGGUUGAAGACUAGAAAUGCUUAUUUUGAUUCCUACUGACACUUCCUUAGACACACGCAAACAUCGUUGAUGUCACGUGAUGCGUUUGAUGUGCUAGACAGCCUAGGCAUCUUUAUUGACAUGUCAUACUGCGUCAGUCUUCACCGUACAGACCAUCCAAGUACUUAAAAAAAAAAAGUUCAUCCUUUCAUUUGAUUAUAUUUGACAUAGGAACACCCAGGUCUUGGAGUUCGACGUCAGUGAAACGAAACCCGGAACCAUGAACCUGGCCACCGUAUCUCUUCCAGAAAUUUCCUUGCAGUAUCCGGGGGAUAUCCAGUAUGAAGACGGAGAAGACAACGUAUUUAAGGUAGUUGUGGGGGGGGGGGGAGUCAAGUGAAAGGUAACGCAGGUCACUGCAAAGUCCCACGGACCACAAAGAAAUUGUACUCGGUCACUGCGUUAAAAGGGUAUGUCGCUGUGAGGCAGUGGUUCUCAACCUUCCCAAUGCCGCGACCCUUUAAUACAGUUCCUUAUGUUGUGGUGACCCCCCAACCGUAAAAUUAUGUUGGUUGCUACGUCAUAAAUGUAGAGAAUGUGUUUUCCGAAUGGUCUUAGGCGACCCCUGUGAAAGGGUAGUACGACCCCCCCCCCCUAAAGGUGUCGCGACCCACAGGUUGAGAAUCGGUGCCGCAAGGGGUCGUUUGUAACGCAAGUGACCGUAUGUCAGGUCAUGGUAAUGCGUUGCGCAUUGAAGACUUUUAAAAAGGUUUAUUUAAAAAUAAUAAUAAUUUUUAGCAACUUUUUUCUCAUAUUUGAACCUGUUUCUUUUUUUCUUUUAUUUUCAUUAAAGUCUCGCGGUGUCAUAAUUUCUCAUCGGAAUCUGAACUGUGAAUCUUUCUUCCACAUAAAAAAAUCCAAAUGAAAAUGUACUGUUGUGCAGGGCCGGCCCAACGAUUGCUGGCGCCCUGUGCAAGCUUGACUUUGGCGCCCCUUUUAUGUAUAACCAUUAACAGAAAAACUAGUUAUUCGGUAAUGAGUUUAUUACCAAUGUUAUUUUUUAAAGACACAAAAUCAACAAUAAAAUUGUUUUUGUUAACUUGUAUCAACAUAUUUAUUUUUUUUAUUUCACUUUCUAUUUUUCUUCCAUGGCGCCCACAUGCAAUGCUUCCCCCCCCCUCCUCUAUUUUCGAAGAUCGUUGAUGGCGCCCUACGCACACGCCGUGUACGACAAGUUAGAAUACCGUUUCUCACCCCCGGACCCCAAGGUUCACACCGUCACUAUAAUAAACUAAGGGAAUUUAAAUAUUUUAUGGCGCGCCAGGCGCCCCUAUGGCAACGGCGCCCUGUGCUAGGGCACAGGUCGCACCCCUUAAAGGCUGGCCCUGUGUUAAGCACUGCUCUUACAGCGAGGAGCAAGUUAGACGCGAACACUUACAAUUUCUGUCAUGCGAAUAAAAAAAAAAUGUUGUAAUAGAAUAAUUUGAAAAAAAUAGUAUUUUGUUAUCGGCUUGAACCACCUGUCAUUUCCCUACGAUUUUCAUAUAUAAAGUCCCAUAUAUCUUACAACCUUCAAAUAUGAAGCCAUUAAUAUGAAGGGAAAAAAAUGCUAUUUUCUUUAAAAAGUUUCUAUAUUUUUUUAAUACAAUUAAAAGAAUCCUUAUCGUAAAAAAUAUUCGUAUUUUUACGUUUUAGCUGCUGUUAGAUUGUUUAAAUUUUAAAUAUUCUUGGAAGUGUCCCCCACAUUUAUAUCUUACAGGUGAAAACAGAACCGUCGUUAGAUGGAAAGGGGGGCGAGUUAGAUCUGAACAUUUCACUGGCUCGGUUUGACGUGCUGACCAGUGAAAUUGUGGAACGUCCCCUUUCAGAUUUUGAUUUCAAAUUCUUGGAGUACUUUGACAGGUAGGGCACUAGCAUGGGCAAUAGUGGUUUAGACACAAAUUGUGGUGACUGUUGUGGCAGGUAAGGCGGUAGCAAGGAGCACACAUAUAGUUUAUACUCAAAGUGUGAGACUAUUGUGACAGGUAGGGCGAUUUAACGAGCCAAGCAUGUAUGAGAACGAACACAAUGGACAACUGAGUCGCGAAGGUCAGAGGAAAGAGUUUGUGUAGGUUUUGUACCACGAAUGAGCAACAUGUUGACGACCACUUAAAACUCUUUCCGAGGUAAUUGGUCAUCUUGUCAACAUAUUUUGUAGACAUUUAGUUUAUUUUCAUACUUGUUCUGCUAUGAAUAUAGGAGAUACUGAGAUUAUUUUAUUGUUGAUCUCAACUGGAGAUCACGCACUAUGACAUCCAUUGAGUUGUAAUUGGCGUAAAAAUACAUAUGCUUUUUAUGGUAAAUUAGAUUUAAAUACAUUCACUUUCACCGUCAAUAUAUGUUAAUGAAAAUUGUGUAAACUUUGACAUAAUAUUUACAUGUUCAUUCAAUUGAAUUUCAAGCCUGGCAGUCGGCGGUGUGAAUGAAGUGCAGAUCACUAUGAAGACAUCAAAGCAGCUCUGGAGUGGCUACAUCGCCUUUGCAUUUCGUCAUCAGCUGACCGGAGGGAUUGUGGUCUCUAUAGCAGUAUGUAGCUUGAGGUUAUGCAACAGCUAUACGAAACACUCCUAGCUAUACAGCAGCUAUAUGAAAUAUCACUAAUACCCUUAGCUAUAGAGCGGCUGUAAACAAUGUUCCUAGCUUUACAACAGCUAGACAAACAGACCCUAGUUAUUUAACAGCUAUACAAAAAUCCCUGGCUAUAAAACAGCUAUAACAACAUAUCUAGCUAUACAGCUGCAAUUACAAAAUAUUUCUAACUAUUCAGCAGCUAUACGAAACAUUCCUAGCCAUAAAACGGCUAUACGAAGCAUUUCUAGCUAUUCAUCAGCUAUACACAAUAUUGCUAGCCGUACAUCAUCUGUACAAACCAUGCCUAGCUCAAUGAUGGAUCACCAAAGCAAACAUUUCUAGUCAUUAAGGAUUAUAAGAAAUAAGGGUUUUGUUGCUAUAUUUCUGCCAUAGAAAUAUUUCUAACUAUACACCAUUUAAAAAACCCGUCCCUAAAGAUGGCAUGCAUUCACAUACGUUGGACUAUAACCAGGGUCAGUCUGGGGCCAUUUAUUGAGGGACAACAGUUUCACACAAUCUUUUUAGCCGUAUUCUGGUCAAUUUUGCCGCAGGUCACCCACCGUGUCAUAAUAAGACCCUACAGCCAGUCCACGUCAUUUCCACCACGUUACCUAGGCAUAAAGAUAACUCCUGUCAGGAGGAUGGUGGGAGACUGGAAUGCUGUCCCUUGUAUGUAAGUAGCAAUAAAUGAUAGAGGACAUUUAUUAUCCGAAGAGUUAAAAAGAGUAAAAAUUGUAUUGCACAAUAGCGAAACUAUCAUACGCUAUUCCCAGCUGUACAAAAAAAUGACGUAGAUUUAGACCACGCGGCCCAUAAAUGACGCAAUUUUCGACCAUUCUGCCCAUUAAUGACUUUGUUGUAGAUCAUGCUGCCGAGACCAUUCCACCCAGAUCUGAUUUUGUCUUAGACCAUGCCUUCCAGACGUGAUUUUGUCGUAAACCAUCCAUGCUGCCCCCACGUGACUUUGUCGUAGACCAUGCUGCCCAGACGUGAAAUUCUCGUAGACCAUGCUGCCCAGACAUUAUUUUGUCGUAGACCAUGCUGCUCAGACUCGACUUUGUCGUAGACCAUCCUGCCCAGAAUUGACUUUGUCGUAAACCGUGCUGCCCAAUGUGACUUUGUCGUAGAUCAUGCUGUCCAAACGUAACAUUGUCGUAUGGGCCAUGCUGACCUGUGCUCUCAAUACUUCUUGUGUUUUCAGUUUCACAAUACUCUGUCUUUUAUUUUUAGCUACCACAAAUUAUGCAGCGUCACAUGUGACGUCAUUGGGGAUGAAGUUACUAAAGCAGCCAUCGUCCACAACUCCAACUACGAAAACGAAAAUGACGUAUCCAUCGUAAUUCUGAGGUGUAAAUGAAAUGAAUUAAUGUUUAAAUUGUUAGAUUAGAUGUUGAAAUUGUUAGAUAAGAUGUUGAAAUUCUUAGAUAAGAUGUUGGAACUGGUAUAUAAGAUGUUGAAAUUAUUAGAAAAGAUGUUGAAAUUGGUAGAAAAGAUGUUGAAAAUGGUAGAUAAGAUGUUGAAAAUGCUACAUUAUCAAGCAAAAAAGAAAUUUAUUCUAACAGGGCUAUGUCUUUAAAAAAGAAAAAACUUAGCUUGCAAGGGGGAAAAAACCAACAUGUAAACGAAACAAUUUUAAGAAAAGUAAUAUCCUCUGUAGUUGUACUUUGAAAAGCGGUAACAUUGCAAAAUAAAAGUAAAUAUACUGCUGAUGUCGUGUCAUGCUAAAAUCAAAUUCUGACCAUCUAAUCUUCUAGCUCAAAGUCCAGAUUAUUUGUUUAAAAAAAUAAUUUGCUGGAACCCCCCCCCCCCCCCCCCCCCCCCCCCCCCCCCCCCCCCCCCCCCCCCCCCCCCCCCCCCCCCACCCACCUUGUAUUUCUAAUUUCAAUAUCUGGUAAAAAUUGCCAAGAAGGUGUCUCACUAAUUUUUUAAAACAUUUUUUGUGUGUAUGAGUGUGACAAAGCUUUGUUAUUAUUUGCUCAGUUACCACGAGCAGAGGACGAGAAACUCAAUGUCCCAUACCAUGCUCUUUGCGGGGGACCAGGACCCGCUCAAGAACGAGUGGUUUACCUGUGAAGGUUCCGGCAGGGGCAAUGUCAAGGCUGUUGUGGAUUUCAACGUGUUUCACUACUACCCGAUGACGAUUGUCAAAGAAAUGUCUUCGGUCACCGUAAAAGACGUGUGUAUCUAUGCAUUGCUUAAUUCGUUAUUUUAUUCAAUGAUCAGAGAUGAGGAAUCGUAGACGGGUGAUCUUCGUCCAUGGUCAGAAGGUGUUUGGCUCUGUAUCAGGUUCAUGGGGGUCCACGGUCAGAAGGUAUCUGAAGGUGUUUGGUUCAGUAUCAGGUUCAUGGGGUCCACGGUCAGAAGGUAUCUGAAGGUGUUUGGUUCAGUAUCAGGUUCAUGGGGGUAACGGUCAGAAGGUAUUUGAAGGUGUUUCGUUCAGUAUCAGGGUUAUGGGGGUCCACGGUCAGAAGGUAUUUGAAGGUGUUUCGUUCAGUAUCAGGGUUAUGGGGUCCAUGGUCAGAAGGUAUUUGAAGGUGUUCAGUUAGUUACCAGAGGUUAUUGAGCUUGAAUCAGAAAGCAUUUGGUUCAGUAGCAAGGACAUAUUAGAGGGAGUCAAGAGUUGCUUCGUAAGAGGAGUUCUUGUAAAAUAGUUGUAAAACUUUAAAAAAUCUAGGAUAAAUGAAACGUCUUGUUCCAUAAUUAGUAUAUUAUUAAGCUUCAGUGGAGCAAAAAUAUACUUUAAUCACGUAUAUAUAUAUAUAUAUGAAAACCAAUAGGUAAAAAAAAAAAAAAAUCAAAACUACAAAAAAAAAAUAUAUAUAUAUAUAUAUAUAUAUACAUACAUAUAUUAUGAUAUAUAUAUAUAUUAAUAACGUGUUGAUCUUUUUAUAAUAGGAUGAGGUGAAUAUCACUUGCAUCAUCAACACCCCAUAUCAGCCUGACGCCAAACUCCACGCGUGGAACGCCGCUGGCCAACCGUUUGCGGACACAACUGAAAGUGUGGACGAUCUGGGCAAUGGCCUGUACCGCUGGACACAGAUUAUAAACGUUGACCCCCUGGACAAUGCAGGAAGACUGGAGUAUGUCGCUUGUGAAGUGGGUCACUCCAGUCAGCUGGUCCACGAUUAUUACAUCUUACCCCAACCCGGCACUUUAAACUAAGCAACGUAUUUACUACUGGUAGGGUGUUUACUACUGGUAGGGUGUUUACAUCCUGUAGGGUAUUUGCAUCCGGUAGGGUAUUUAAAUCUGACAAGGUCUUUAACAUCUAGAAAUUUUGUAAGGUCUUUGAAUCGAAAAAACACCUUUAAAUGUAGGAAGGCUUUUAAAGUCAGCAAUGUCUUUAUAUAUAGAAAGUUUUUUAAAUAUGGUAGCGUCUUUAAUUCGACAAGGUCUUUAAAUAUGGUUAGAUCUAUAAAUAAAGUAAGGUCUUUAAAUAAGGUUAGAUCUAUAAAUAAAGUAAGGUCUUUAAAUAUGGUUAGAUCUAUAAAUAAAGUAAGGUCUUUAAAUAUGGUUAGAUCUAUAAAAAAAGUAAGGUCUUUAAAUAUGGUUAGAUCUAUAAAUAAAGUAAGGUCUUUAAAUAUAGUUAGAUCUAUAAAUAAAGUAAGGUCUUUCAAUAAAGUAACGUCUUUAAAUAAGUUAGGUCUUAAAAUUAGGUGCGGUCUAUAAAAUUGAUAAAGUCUUUACAAAAUAUCUAUUUAAAAGUCAAGCACAAGAUCCUUAAAUAACACAAUAAGGCCUUUUAAUUGAGCAAAUUUUUUUUUAAAGCUUUCGAAGAUAUAAUUGAGGAAAGUGUAGAUUUAAAGACAAAUAUAUUCGUAAAUAUUGUCUUCCUGUUAAGCGAGGUCAAGGCUAAAUCAUGAUAAAAUGACCCGAGGUCAGCGAAACGCGUCUGAACGGUUGAGGCCACAUAACAGGUGAAAAAAAUAUGACUUUAUUGUUGUUUGCGUCCCCGGGAAACUUAGGUUUGUUUUUUUUUUAUAAUAAACGAUCUGUAACAAAGUUUCUUUUAACAACUUUCCGUGUCAGAUUGUGUUUUUUCUGUAGUCUCUGAUCUGCUUGAGAUUGUUAACGUCAAGAUUCGUACUUGUUAAAAGUCAGUUUUUUUGGUUCGUUGUCACAUUGUUUUGUUUGAAUGACGUCUUUGGAAUGCGUCCAUCGAUGGAUUGUAGGAGUACAGGGAAAAAAAGUCAACCCCCA